CAAUGGAUGCACAAACAAAGAGGCUGAUUGUCAAUGCAGAUGAUUUUGGUUACUGUARCAAAAGGAAUGCAGGCAUUGCUAAGGCAUUCAAUGAUGGUGUUGUYAGCUCUGUAUCUUUACUUGUGAAUGCRGCAUGUUCAGCAGAGGCUGUGCRUCUWUCGCAUGACUAUGCAAUUCCAAUGGGCUUGCAUCUUAACCUGACUGAGGGMWYUCCCAUUGCACAAGGUCACAAGACACUAACAGCUAGURAUGGGUUUAUGAGAGGAAAGAUGGGUUUUAGGGAAAGUUUGAAGUUGGGAGAGAUUGAUACUAAUGAGAUCAAGACAGAGAUCAARGCCCAGUUGUCAUGGUUUCAGGACAAUGUUGGACACCUUCCUACUCAUGUAGAUGGACACCAACAUGYUCAUGUUAUACCACAAAUUGCAGACAUUUUGAGUCAGCUUAUGAAAGAAGCUAAUAUUACCAAGACAAGAAACCCAUCAGAAUUCCUAGAAAAAUGCUCAUGGAUUGAACCAUCUAGGAAACAGUUUCAUUUGUCAGUUAUUCAAGAUGCRCAAGAAUCCUAUGACAUCUUUGAAAGAGCUGGAAUUAGUUUUCCUGCACAUUUUGUUGGGAUGAGCACAAUGGGUAAKGACAUGAACAUUCAAAGAAUUCAAAAUGCCUUGUUAACAGUUCAAUGUUCCCCUGGUCUUGAAAAUGYKUAUGAGUUCAUGGUUCAUCCAGGUUACAAGAGUCAACRAGGKGUAGGAGGGUGUGGCGRAGGCCCUGAUAAAUUUGCUCUUUCACYAGASAGAGAACAUGAACUGGAACUUCUMUGUAGUGAACAGUUGAAAACGUUUUUGAAUAAAGAGGGUUUUAAGUUGGGUUCUUUCAAAGAUAUAUAAACACCACGCUUGACACUUGAUGCUUGACACAGGAUAUUUUCUGAAUUGUAUCAGACAGUAUACUUAACUAAAAACUUAUAAAAGUUAAUAAUAGAACGUAUUUAUUAUUUUUUACUUAUUUAUUACUUUUACUUAAAGACAGAAAGAUGACUUGUUUAGACUUGCAACAAGUUAACCAUCCACACGUUUUUUAACAGUCACACAGU